AUGAAGCUACUCAUCCAUGUUAGAAUUGCUGCUCCUGCACCUGCUCCUACUUCCGGUGCUCCUCAUUCUUUGCCGUCAUCGUCGUCAUUUUACAUUGCUGCAACUCUUGCCAUUGCUGCCACUUUAUUUUUAGUCAUGGAUAAGAGUUGGAUGCUCAAACUGCGAACUUCUAAGAAGUACUUAGAUGGGUUAGAUGAGUUUCUUGAUUUUGUGUUUCAUAAUGCAGCUGAAGGAACUCAAAUUCUAUGCUCUUGUAAGAAUUGUAAAAAUUAUGCUUGGGGAAAUCGAGAGGAUGUUUACGAGCAUUUAGUUUGUGAUGGGUUUGAUAAGGGAUACAGUAAGUGGAUAUUUCACGGAGAAUGUGGAUCUUCAAAAUCUGCUGAGAAGGAUGGAUCUAAAAUACGAGAUAACAUGGAUAAAUUAUUGGAAGAGACCUUCAUGAUGUCGAGGCAAUUUGAAACGAGUCAAUUUGAUGAUGCAUUGGAUGCGGAUGAAAAUGAAGAAGAGCCUGAUGAAGAAACUAAGAAGUUUUACAAGUUGAUACAUGAUGCUCAUCAAGAAUUAUAUCCAAGCUGUAAAGAUUUUACAAAGUUAUCAACUAUUGUUCAUUUGCUCCACGUAAAGACCUUCAUAGUUGGAGCAACGUAUCAUUUACUACAAUUACUCAAUGAAUUACUUCCCGAAGGCUCGUGUCUACUAUCAACAUAUGAAGAAUGCAAGUACAUCAUCAAGGACAUAGAUUUCAGUUAUGAAAAAAUUGACGCUUGUCCAAAUGGCUAUAUCUUAUACUGGAAAAAGUUCAAGGAAUACACUACUUGUCCAAAGUGUGGUGCUUCUAGGUAUAAAAUGAAAAAGGUCCAAACUGCUAAAAGAAAAGUUUCUUGCAAGGUAACUUCUCGAUCAAUUCCAGCAAAGAUUUUGAGAAAUAUUGACAUAUAUUUACAACCUUUAAUUGAUGAGUUAAAAGAGUUGUGGGAGAAUGGCUUUGAGACAUAUGAUGCUUCUAGUGGGAAGUUAUUUCGUGUACAUGCUGCCUUGCUUUGGACUAUAAGCGAUUUGCCUGGUUACUCUAUGUUAUCUGGUUGGCGUACAAGUGGAAAAUUGGCAUGUCCUGUUUGUAAUUAUGAAAAAUGCUCUAGAUUCUUGAAACAUAGUAAAAAAACUUGUUACAUGGGUCAUCGAAGAUUUUUAGCAUCAAAGCAUCGGUUGUUAAAGGACAAGAGUUUCGACGGUAUGAAAGAGCUAAGAACAGCACCUGGGACACUAUCAGGGCCUGAUAUAUUAGAAAAAUUAGGCAACAUGGAGAUUCCGUUUGGGAAGACUAUAAAGAGGAGAAGAAAUGAUGAUGAUCCCUGGACUAAGAAAAGCAUAUUUUUUGAGUUACCAUAUUGGAGUACUAAUUUGCUUCGUCACAAUUUGGAUGUAAUGCACAUUGAAAAGAAUAUUUGUGAAAAUAUUGUUGGAACAUUACUGAAUUUAGAAGGAAAAUCAAAAGAUCAUCUCAAAGUAAGGCUUGACUUGGUAGAUAUGGAGAUACGACAUGAACUUCAUCCAAAAAAUAUAGGACUAAAUAAGACAUUUUUGCCACCAGCACAUUUCACAAUGUCUUCAAAGGAAAAAUGUGUCUUUUGUUGUAUUUUGAAAAAUGUGAAGCUUCCUAAAGGGUUGGAAUGGCUUGAUAAGAGUGGAGGAGAAGCAUUCAAUUGGGAGAAAACAUGA